AUGUCGCGACCUCAGGAAAACGGUGAGUGGACAUUUGACCUCGUCGAAGCUGCCUAGUCUUGGUGCUCCUUAGCGCUGCAUCCAGGCUCUGACAGUCUCGCUUCUCUCCUCGCACAGACCGCAAUCAGGAGGCGACGUGCUACGUCGGUAACCUGGAUGAUCGGGCGUCGGAUGCGCUGCUUUGGGAGCUGAUGCUACAGGCCGGUCCAGUGCACACCAUCCACAUACCAAAAGACCGCAUCACCUCGGCACAUCAAGGUUACGGCUUUGCGGAGUUCGCGACCGAAGCAGACGCAGAGUAUGCAGUGAGGAUCAUGAACGGCAUCAAGCUAUUCGGAAAACCCUUGAGGGUCAAUAAAGCCAGCAGCGAUAAGAAGCAGAUCGAUAUCGGUGCCAACCUGUUCGUGGGCAAUUUGGACCCCAACGUAGACGAGAGGUUACUGUGGGAGACUUUCAGCGCGUUUGGAAACCUCACAAAUGUGCCCAAAGUGAGUCGCAACCUGUGCGAGCAGCUGCAAGACGCUGCUGACUCUCUGAUAUUCUCCGCAAUUCCGUCUUGGCGUGGACCGCACAGCUCGCAAGAGACCCCGUGACCAACGCAUCCAAAUGUUACGCAUUUGUUGCCUUUGACGCCUUCGAAGCAUCAGAUGCAGCAAUUGCAGCGUUAGAUCAGCAGUACCUCUCCAAUCGCACCAUCAAUGUAGCAUAUGCAAUCAAGAAGGACGGCAAGGGAGGAGAGAGGCACGGCACAGAAGCAGAGCGGUUGUUAGCUCGUCAAGCCAGAAGAAAUGGCGCCUUGCCGCCUGUUCGAGCUCCCUUGUUCGGAGCUGGUGCGCCGCCGGGUGGAGCGUAUGCUGGUGUGCCAGCGCCAGCGCCAGGUCCACCCAUGCCCUUUGGUCAGCCCGGUCCCGCAACGGGUCUGGCCCCUCCGCCUCCGCCGCCAGCCGGUUUCCCUACAUACUCAGGCCCGCCUCCAUCAUCGGGUACACCCACACCUGCCUUCCCGCCCGCACCGCCACCCCCCAAUGGCUAUGCCGGCCCUCCUCCUGGCGUUCAAUCUGCUCAGCAACCACCUCCGCCGCCCGGCUUUGGUGCACCCCCGCCAGGAACGAAUCCGGCAGGACCUCCUCCACCUGGUAACCUGCAAGGUCCCCCGCCUGCAUUCAUGACAGGCAGCAACAAUGCGCCCCUGGGAGCAAGAAGGUAG